AGGAGAGAUGGAAAAUACGACGGAGUUCGAGCACUUCGACGUGGUGUCAGACGAUUCCGAUCACCAUUUUCUGGGUUCAAAGAAGGGAAAAUGGUUCAGCGAUUCAAAGAGCACAGUGUACAAAACCAUCGUGAAAGAGUGGAAGAUUCUCCAGCAGAACUUACCGGAAUCAAUCUAUGUCAGAGUCUACGAGCAACGCAUUGAUCUAAUGAGGGCUGUGAUCGUAGGCGCUGCGGGCACACCGUAUCACGAUGGUCUCUUCUUCUUCGACAUCGUGUUUCCUUCAGAUUAUCCGAGGAACCCUCCGAAGCUGUAUUACCAUUCCUUCGGGUACAGACAGAACCCGAACCUGUACACGAACGGGAAAGUGUGUUUGAGUCUGUUGAACACGUGGUACGGGAGAAAGAAGGAGAAGUGGGACCCUAGUGAGUCCACCAUGUUGCAAGUGUUGCUCUCGAUUCAAGCUCUGGUUCUGAACGAGAAACCAUUUUUCAACGAACCUGAGGCUGUGCCAUCGGAGAAGAAGUCACGUGCGUACAACGAGAACGUCUUCCUUACUACUUGCGUCACCUCCUUCCACCUGCUUAAGCGGCCGCCGCGGAAUUUCGAAGCCUUCGUCAGAGAUCAUUUUCGCCGGCGGGCGUUUUCGAUUCUGGCGGCUUGCGGCGAAUACGCGAGUGGACGCGUGGGAGUUGGGUAUUAUAAUUACCAUGACUUUCGUUUUCCGAUGGUCCAAGUUUCGAAGAGUUUCAAGGAGCGGAUGGUGGUGCUUUACCCUCGGCUCUUCGAAGCGUUUCGUCAGAAUGGUGCUCCUUUGGAGGGUUUGGCAGAACGAUUGGAGGUGCAGAGCCAAGAAUCUGAAACCAAAAGAAGUGGAGUCUUCAAAAAGAUAGUGGAAAAGAUCAAAAAGGCUUUCAGAUUCAAGAAAUUUGGUAAGAACAAAAUUAGCCAGGUGGAGGGGAGAAAUCGUGGUCUUGAAAGUGUCUGAAAGUUAACCUAAAUUGAAGUAGUGUGCAUAUCUUAUUAUAAUGGCUUUUUCAUAAGAUUGAAUUGUUGAUUGGAAAAAAAAAAACCACAGGGUCACUGUACUCGUUCAUGAUGCAAGUUUAGAUUGUGAUCUUAUCUCCAGUUAGACAGACUGAAAUGUUCAUGCAAUUUAAUUGUUUUUAAAAUUUGCGCACUCAUUUGAUUUUUAUCUCAUUCUUGUUCCUUUUCAUCAUCGCAAAAAUUAUUGUUUUACGAUUUCACUCUCCUUUUAUCUCUUUCUGCAGUAUAUUCCACUCACCAUAACA